AAAAUCAUUAUUGAGAGGAAGCCAGAACAAGAGGACGAGGACGAGGAGGUGGACGACGAGAAUCUAGAGCCAACACGCAGAAUAUAUUUCAUUGCUUACACCUCAUCCUCAUUGUUCCUGUAGCUGUGAGAAAGGAACUCGGUUUCCAGCAUUGCAAUGUGAAAUACCUUCUGAGACGCAUGAUAAUUCGACCUGUAACUUCUUGUUGUUGGCAACUUUGGUGUGACAACAGAGGAGAAAAGAUAUCAGACACUUGUGGACGUCCCGGGAUUUGAUCGCUGGAUUCAGCCAAUUCAAAAGUUUUUCUUCUUCUCAGUGAAAUCAGUCUGUUGCCGGGAAAAUCAUGUCCGGCGAGUAUCACCAUUCUGUUUGGUGAAGAAAACUCUGUUUACUUUGAUUCUGAGAAGAAUUGAGUUAGGGUUUGAUCGAUCUUGAGAAGAAGGUUCGGUCAACUUUGUUCACUGCAGUUUUUUUCUUGUUUUCUCCAAUUGCCGGGAAACGCAUGUUCCAUUUCGGGUAGGUCGUGGAACAUCCGUUUCCUCUAGCGAAGAAGAAUUUUGAUUUCUUUUCCUCUCCUUGGAGGGCCUGAUUUGUCAAUUCGAUUUCACUUUUGGUCUAGUUGCUGUUCUGGGACAAAGAUUGGAUAUGGAAACCCGUGCUACAUAUCAUGUCAGUAAAAAUGUAUAAAGCUUUGAGUUAGGUUUUCAUCAAUAUUUGGAAAGAGGACUUAAAUAUUUGCACCUGAAACAAUUUUUGCUGGAAAGGCAUGUCCGGUGCUGGGCAGGCCGUAGAGCAUCACCGUGUUCCUUUACCAAUGCCGACUACAUCAAAGCGGGGUGCUGAUCCCCAGGCUGGGUACUGCAAUCCCGUGAGAAAGUCCGGCCAGCCAUCCCUUGAACAUGUUCUGUUAGCCCUGAGGGAGACAGAGGAAGAAAGGGAAGUGAGAAUCAGAAGCCUUUUUAAUUUCUUUGAUGCAACAAACGUGGGUUACCUUGACAAUUCACAAAUUGAAAAGGGUUUGCAGGCAUUAAGGAUACCUUCUGAGUACAAGUACGCUAGGGAUUUGCUCGAGGUUUGUGAUUCCAAUCAGGAUGGCCGGGUUGAUUACCAGGAAUUUCGGCACUACAUGGAUGACAAGGAAAUUGAGCUUUACCGCAUCUUCGAGGCAAUUGAUGUGGAGCACAAUGGCUGCAUUUUGCCUGAAGAGCUAUGGGAUGCCCUUGUUUCAGCAGGCAUUGUAAUGAGUGACAAGGAGCUUGUUCGUUUUGUGGAGCACAUCGACAAGGAUAACAAUGGAAUUAUAACAUUUGAAGAAUGGAGGGAUUUUCUGCUUCUGUAUCCUCAUGAAGCUACCAUACAAAACAUAUAUCAGUAUUGGGAAAGAGUUUGCCACAUUGAUAUUGGGGAACAAGCAGCUAUUCCUGAAGGUAUUAGCAAGCACAUGCAUGCAACCAAAUAUCUCAUUGCUGGAGGAGUGGCUGGAGCUUUAUCGCGAACCGCAACUGCUCCUCUUGAUCGCCUAAAGGUAAAGCUGCAAGUGCAGACAUCAGGUGCUCAUGUUGCUCCAGCUAUCAAGGAUAUAUUUAGAGAGGGUGGUGUGUUGGGGUUUUUUCGAGGGAAUGGGAUCAAUGUUCUUAAAGUAGCACCAGAAUCUGCAAUCAAAUUUUAUGCUUAUGAAAUGAUGAAAAAUCUUGUAGUAAGUGUUAGCGGGGAAGAACAUAUUGGUCCGCUAGGCCGCCUUUUUGCUGGUGGUACAGCUGGUGCUAUUGCUCAGACUGUAAUUUAUCCAAUGGAUUUACUGAAAACACGCUUGCAAACAUAUGCCAGUGAUGGUAGUAAAAUUCCAAGGCUGUCAAAGCUAUCAAAGGACAUAUGGGUUCAUGAAGGUCCUCGAGCAUUCUAUAGAGGACUUCUUCCAUCUAUUCUUGGGAUAAUACCAUAUGCAGGCAUUGAUCUUGCAGCUUAUGAGACACUUAAAGAUAUGUCAGAAAAAUAUAUACUCAAAGAUAGAGAACCAGGUCCUCUUGUGCAACUAGGAUGUGGAACAAUUUCAGGUGCUCUUGGAGCAACUUGUGUUUAUCCUUUGCAGCUUAUAAGGACACGGUUACAAGCUCAACCAUUGAAUUCACCUUCAAGGUACGAAGGCAUGUCUGAUGUGUUUUGGAAAACCCUGCGGCAUGAAGGACUAAUUGCAUUCUAUAAGGGACUUGUGCCCAAUUUAUUGAAGGUGGUUCCAGCAGCUAGUAUCACUUAUAUUGUGUAUGAGAAAAUGAAAAAGGUGCUUCUUCUGGAUUGAGGAAGAUACUUGAAUCAUAACCUCAUUUAUUUUUGGUCCUCCGAUAAGUGGCAGGAUAAUGGCGAUAAAAUUUAGUUUCAAUGAGAUGGCAAAAAGCCAUCCAGAGUAAUUUUUAGGUCAUGAUUUUAAUUCAGGAUACCAGUGAUGGGGUUACAUAACCAGAGGUUUAUCUUCUUCUGUUGAAGCUCUGGGCUUAAUCAAAAUUUAAUUUUCUACAGGAGUUUUGGGAUACAUCUUCUCAGCUCCUUACCAUAGCAGCAGAUAAUUUCAUCAUUUUCCUUCUCACUUACUUGUAACGUACAAUUUAAAAAAAAUAAUAUUUAAUAUAUAUGAAGGGCAUCUGCCACGGGCGCCUUUAACA